AUGCUAUUAGACAAAGAAGUAGAUUUUAAUAAAUGUAAUAAUGAUUGGCGGUCGCCUCUAAUGUGUGCUUGUAGCAAUGGACAUACAGAAAUAUUUAGGAUGUUGUUAGACAAAGGAGCAAGAUAUGACACAGUUGACAAAGAAGGUUGGUCCCCUUUUAUGUCUGCAUGUAGUUAUGGACAUACAGAAAUAGUAACAUUGUUGUUGGAAAGACGAGUUGAUUAUAUUAACUGUAACAAAGAUGGUUGGUCACCUUUAAUGUUUGCCUGUAGAAAUGGACAUACAGAAAUAGUAAAUAUGUUGUUAGAAAGACAAGUAGAUUAUAAUAAAUGUAACACCGAUGGUUGGUCACCUGUAAUGUUUGCUAGUAAUAAUGGACAUACGGAAAUAGUAAGAAUGUUGUUAGACAGAGGUGCAAGUUAUGACAUAUGUGACAAAGAUGGUAGGUCACCUAUAUUGUGUGAUUGUAACAAAGGACAUACACAUAUAGUAAAGAUUUUGUUAGAGAAAGGUGCAAGUUAUGACACAUCUGACAAAGAUGGUUGGUCACCUAUAAUGUCUGCUUGUAAAAUGGGACAUACAAAUAUAGUCAAGAUUUUGUUAGACAAAGGUGCAAAUAAUGACACAUGUGACAAAAAAGGUUGGUCACCUGUAAUGUUUGCUUGUGAAAAAGGACAUACAGUCAUAGUAAAGAUUAUGCUAGACAGAUGA